AGAAAGCCCCGCCUCUCGCUUCUCUCCCGAAGCCUUUUUCAUUUUUAUUUCCAGCCCCCUCUCCAUUCUCCCCGCUGCCUCGGCUGCUCCUUCCCCGAUGGCUACAAACUGAUCGGCAGAGGAGAGGGGAGGGGAGGGGGAAAAAGGAGGAAGGAACAGGAGAAAAAAAGAGAGAAAGCAAAAGAAAGAGAGAGAGAGAGACAGAGAGAGAGGAUUUGCCUCUGCCCUUAAUGCCUGCGAUCUGGAUCAAGGGAAGGGAUUUUCUGUCUGAGCAUGAAAAGUGCUGCUAGACCCCCAGCACCCCCACGCCUGCAUUAUCAGCACAGCGCCCAGUAUGCAAGCUGGACACAGAGGCGAUCCCACCAGUUCCUGUCGAGCCCAAUAAAACCCACCGGCGAUCAGCUCUCAGCCAAAGAGGAACAGUAACCUCAGGACUCCAUAGAAUGGAGCAAGAAUGAGAGGAAAAAGGCAGACAGAAAAGCAUGAACUGGAGGCUUGUUGAGUUCCUCUACUUCCUGUUUAUAUGGGACCAUAUAAUAGUACAGCCCUCCCACCAGGAACCAGCUGUUAUCAACCAACAUGUCUCCAAGGAAUUUGAUUGGCUUAUUUCAGACAGGGGGCCUUUCCACCACUCACGGAGCUACUUAUCCUUUGUGGAAAGACAUCGUCAAGGAUUUACAACCAGAUAUAAAAUAUACAGGGAGUUUGCCCGUUGGAAGGUGAGGAACACAGCCAUCGAACGGAGGGACCUGCUCCGCAAUCCAGUGCCCCUGAUGCCUGAAUUCCAGAGGAGCAUCCGCUUGCUGGGCAGGAGACCCACCACGCAACAGUUCAUUGAUACCAUCAUCAAAAAGUACGGCACGCACAUCCUCAUCUCUGCCACCCUGGGAGGGGAGGAGGCCUUGACCAUGUACAUGGACAAAAGCCGACUUGACAGGAAGUCAGGAAACGCUACCCAAAGCGUUGAGGCACUGCACCAGCUUGCUUCCUCCUACUUUGUAGACCGUGAUGGCACCAUGAGGAGACUCCAUGAGAUCCAGAUCUCUACCGGAGCAAUCAAGGUAACAGAAACUCGGACUGGCCCCCUGGGCUGUAACAGCUACGACAAUCUGGACUCUGUGAGUUCUGUCCUUCUGCAAAGCACCGAGAGCAAACUCCACCUGCAAGGUCUCCAGAUCAUCUUCCCUCAGUAUUUACAGGAGAAAUUUGUCCAGUCUGCGUUGAGUUACAUCAUGUGCAAUGGAGAGGGAGAGUAUGUGUGUCGGAACAGCCAGUGUGGCUGCCAGUGUGCUGAAGAAUUCCCACAAUGCAACUGUCCCAUCACCGACAUUCAGAUCAUGGAGUACACGCUGGCAAACAUGGGCAAGUCCUGGACGGAAGCUUAUAAAGAUCUGGAGAAUUCAGAUGAGUUUAAAUCCUUCAUGAAAAGGCUACCUAACAACCACUUCCUGACCAUCGGGAGCAUCCACCAGCACUGGGGCAAUGACUGGGAUCUUCAGAACCGAUACAAACUCCUGCAGAGCUCCAUGGAAGCCCAACGGCAGAAGAUCCAACGCACUGCCCGCAAACUCUUUGGCCUCAGUGUCCGGUGCCGGCACAACCCUAACCACCAGCUGCCUAGAGAAAGGACAAUACAGCAGUGGCUUACCCGGGUUCAGUCCCUGCUCUACUGCAACGAGAAUGGGUUCUGGGGGACCUUCCUGGAGAGCCAACGGAGCUGCGUGUGCCACGGCAGCACCACCCUGUGCCAGCGCCCCAUCCCGUGCAUCAUCGGGGGCAACAACAGCUGCGCCAUGUGUAGUCUGGCCAACAUCUCCCUCUGCGGCUCGUGCAACAAGGGCUACAAGCUGUACCGGGGCCGCUGCGAGCCGCAGAACGUGGACUCGGAGCGCAGUGAGCAGUUCAUCAGCUUUGAGACAGACUUGGAUUUCCAGGAUCUGGAGCUGAAGUAUCUGCUGCAGAAAAUGGACUCGCGCCUCUACGUGCACACCACCUUCAUCAGCAACGAGAUCCGCCUGGACACCUUCUUCGACCCCAGGUGGCGCAAGCGCAUGUCCCUCACCCUGAAGAGCAACAAGAACCGGAUGGACUUUAUCCACAUGGUGAUCGGCAUCUCCAUGCGCCUAUGCCAGAUGCGCAACAGCAGCCUGGACCCUAUGUUCUUUGUCUACGUCAACCCCUUCAGCGGGAGCCACUCGGAGGGCUGGAACAUGCCCUUUGGGGAAUUCGGCUACCCGCGCUGGGAGAAAAUCCGCCUCCAGAACAGCCAGUGCUACAACUGGACCUUGCUGCUGGGCAACCGAUGGAAAACCUUUUUUGAGACUGUCCACAUCUACCUACGCAGCCGGACUCGGCUGCCCUCCCUGCUGCGCAACGAGACGGGCCAAGGGCCCGUGGACCUCUCUGACCCCAGCAAGCGUCAGUUCUACAUCAAGAUCUCGGACGUGCAGGUCUACGGCUACAGCCUGCGUUUCAACGCCGACCUGCUGCGCAGUGCUGUGCAGCAGGUCAACCAGUCGUACACCCAAGGUGGGCAGUUCUACUCCUCGUCCUCCGUCAUGCUCCUGCUGCUGGACAUUCGGGACCGAAUCAACAGACUGGCCCCCCCCGUGGCGCCGGGUAAGCCCCAGCUGGAUCUGUUCUCCUGUAUGCUCAAGCACCGCCUGAAACUGACCAACAGCGAGAUCAUCCGCGUGAACCAUGCACUAGACCUGUACAACACCGAGAUCCUCAAACAGUCGGACCAGAUGACAGCCAAACUCUGCUAACCCAGACUCUUCUGUGGACACAUCAGUAACUGAUCCUUUCGCUGUAUAAAAAAAAAAAAAGGAAAAGAAAAAGGAAACAAGGAAAGGGGAAAGAAAAGAAAAGAAAAUUUGUAAAAUGUAAUUAAUAUACGGAAAAAAAGGGGGGGGAAAGAGGAAAUUCUUCAUUUGUUGGAAACUAAACCCGUUCUAGCAGCUGUAUAAAACUGCCAGGCAUGUUUGUUAUUUCUAUAAUCCAUCAUAAAUGGGUCACAUCUUACUCUCUCUCGACCUUGAGGGUGUUGCUUGUUAGGACUCAGGUGCUGCAAAAAUAAAUCCGAAGGAGGAUCAGAGCUGGGGGAGGGACGUUUCUGUAAUGAAUUGUAAAGAUUUCUGCUAUGCAGGUGCCAAGACAAACCAACCAACCAAGAAUUAUAUUUAAAUGUAAAAGAACUGCCAUUAUUUCUAGUGGGAGUAAAUGGUCAAAAGAUAAAAGAUAUUUCUUCUGUUGAGGUUUA